AUGCUAUUGUCAACUGCUACCUACCUUCUCCUUCCGGCCGCGGUGCUUGCUGCUCCAGCACCCGUCACUGACAUCUCCUCAAGGGGAUUGGCCAUCCGGGAAGCCGAGGGAGUUGGCUUAGCCAAUACCAAUGCAAGAGUAGAUUGCUUCAUCGUCAAUUCUGGCGGCCCCGUCAACUGCCGCAAAGGUCCAGGGCUUUCUUACCCUGUCCGCACUACAUUCGAUGAGGGGACAACCCACACAUUCAGCUGUUAUGAUACGGGCUCGUGUAUUGAAGAAAAUUGUAGCUGGGAUUAUGCUGUUAAUUGGGGAUGUUAUGUCAAUGGGUUUUAUACUGAUGAUACCUGCACCACGGAAAACCUGGGACAUUGCUAG